CUCUUAUAAUUUCCAAUUUAAAACCCAAACAUAAUUGCAUAACAUUGAAACUGGGACAUUUGGAUUUCCCAACCUCAUCAUUUUCCGGUUCAAACAAUACGCCGUUAACUCCAAAAGGAUACAUUCAAGCACCGGUGAGACAUACGAAGUGGGGAUAAGUCAGGAUCGACGCAGGCGCAGCGCAGUGGGUUUUCUGAAGGCUGCGGCACGUGCCGCAUGCCAACAUCGUUUCUGACCUCGCACGACCCUAUUAAUACAACAAACAUCACCGAUCGGACCUAGUUAUCUGAAUAAUCAUGAAGCUCAUCUACGCGUGUUUGUGCCUUAUCGCGGCGACCUCAGCCGCCCCGUAUUUCGUGUUCCCGGAUGAACGGCGCGAGAGAAAACUAGAACCAAUUAUAACACCACCUGUUUUACCAAUUCUGGAGCAUCUGGAGAAUGAUCCUAGUACGCUGGGUAAUAGGGCGAAUACGAAACCCAGAUUUGGUGGUGGUUUUAAUGUGAAGCCGUCAGGUAAUGGAGGGUUAACGGCUAGUGUGAGCAGUAGUGCCAGUGGGGGUGGUUUGAGCCACUCAGCGUCACAAUCGUUCUCAUUUGGAUUCAAUGAGGGCUUUAGUGCAUCUCAUUCGGCGAGCCAAGCUUCGUCGUUUAAUGGAUUUGGAAGUGGGUUCGGUGGAAGCCAAGCAAGUAGCCAAGCUGCAUCGUUUAGCGGUUCAGGCUCUUCAGUAUCAGGUGCUGCAUCAUCUGCCUCUUCCCAGGGUGGCUUUGGAAGUGGUAGCCAAAGCGCCUCAUCCGCUUUUGGCUUUAACUCCAUCAAUGGUUUUCAGUCUGAGCCCUACUUCGGAGACGGACUUCUAGAUAUUAGACAACGCGGCACCCCCGGUUUUGCCUUCCCGGACCUACUCGGGAGGAGUAAAGGCGCGAGCGCAGCCGCUUUCAAAUCUAGACCUAAUUCCCAAAGAAAUAGAGACGAUUUUCUUGCAGUACUAGUGUCUAAUUAAAAGUAUUUAGGUCCUAUGUGCAUAAUAUUAAGGUGUCUUUGAAGUCUUCAGUUUUGUUAUAAAGGGAAAAAUAAGUUUUUUUUUCAUAAAAAUUCUUGCAGGCGUAAGUAGUUGUCUCGGCAGCUUAAGUUAUACCAUACAUAUAGGGUUUUUACGAUUGUGUAAUAUAAACCGGCCUUUGGUUGACCCACAUAAUUAACUAAUCUUGUUGAAUAUCAAGUUAUUAGCUUACGACUAUGAACAGUAUAUGAAUAGACUAUACAUACAUAUAAAUAAAAAGACUGUUUAUAUAACUUCGUUUAUUUUUUUAGACAAAAGUUUUAGGUACAAUUUUAUGUUAAUGAGCUGACUUGUCAAUAAUCUUGCGCAACAUAUUAUAUAUGUUGCGUGUGCAUAUAUAUGUAUUAUUAAAAUUAUGAAACAGCAUAUUUUGGAAUAGCGUUUGUUAUACCUAUUUUAUGUAUAGGAGUUAUUGUUGUAAUUUCUAUGUCUAUUUCAUAUAUUUGUAGCAUAAUAUAUGGUUUUAUAUACAAAAUACAUAGAUCUAUUAUUUA